GUCCGCAGAUAAAAAUGGCAUAAAAGAAGUCAUUAGCCUAAAGAGGUGCAUCAUUUCAAAAUCUAUUUUCCGUUGGGUUAGUUCAACCAUGGGUUUCGUCAAAUGGCUCAAGGACCUCGAAUUGUGGGCAAAGAUACUACUGGGCUUGCUGGUAGUUGGCGUCGUCGUUACUGUCAUCACCGUCCCAAUCGUCGUGACUAAUAACAACAAAGAUUCGUCUAAUAACACGGAACCCGUUAUUACCACGACGAUCGAACCGCUAACUGAUUCUACCACCGUAACCGAUUUAAUGUCAUCGACGGAUUCUACAACAGAUAGCGCGACAUCAACUGAUCUCACAACAGAUCCGGCGUCAUCUACAACGGAUUCUUCAACAGAAUCAUCGAGCACGUCCCUCUCUACUACAGAUGAUACAACGGUCUCUGUUAUGACAACAGAAGAUACGUCAACUACAUCGGAAACGAACGGCGAAACGCUAGAGAAGCUCUUCAGAAUUGCUAAUAAAUUCAACAGGAAGGGAAUGGAGAUGCCAUCAGAUUACCAGGAGAAGCAAUUAAUUCGUCCCGGAUAA